AAAACGGGGGAAACCUUUUUUCUCGAUGGCGUACAGCAGCUGAGUAGAAACAGAGUAGCAAGAGUGCACACUGCCCAGCCCAAGAUCCACCCCCUUCCUCCCUCAGUCCCUCCUCUUACGCGCUGGUGGGUAAGGUUCCUCGCCGAGAGCAAACCACUCGUUUCCGACCAUCGCCGUGCGUCCCCUGCCGCCGCCGCUCCUGCUGGGGGAGUAGCCUCCAGGUCCAGCGCAAGAAAAAGGGUCAGCAUAGCAGAUUUUUGUGAGGCAGGUUUCAAAUAAGGUAUAUUAAGCAGGUCUCAAGAUUUUUCUUUUUAAGCAGUAUAAAAUUACUCAUCAGUACUAGAACCAAACUAAUCGCGUAGCCAAACAAAUCACUUAUGCACUUAUGCCCUAGUUAUCAGAAUGCCAAAUUUUCAAUUGAUCCCCUCUCAGUUACCAUUUUGCAUACAACAAGUUCAUAGCUCUUCCUCUCAACUUGUUAGAUCUCAGUCACCCUUUUUUCUGUCUGAUUCUGAAGCCUGCAGGGGGAUUCUUUUGCUUAUGUAGUGCAGAAAAAGGAAUUGUCAACACCAGCAUAACAGUUUUUUGUGAGGCAGGUCUCAAAUAUGUAGUAUAUUAAACAGGUUCCAAGCAAAUUUGGUUUUUAGAAAAGAAAAGAAAAAACUAUUUGUUAGUAGAACCAAACUUAUUAUCGCGUAGCCAAACAAAUCACCUACACUCUGCUCUCAGCUCUGCUGCCUCCAGCGCUGAGUUGCUUGCUGCUGCAACACGCAUGGUUGAGUCAAUUCAACUUGCUAUGCUUAUCGAUCAGAUCGAGGUUGAGUCAAUUCAACUUGCUCUGCUUAUUAAUCAGAUCAAACCGCUCUUCUUAACUUUUGUGAGCUCUUCCAUUUGCGCUAUCUCCAACUAAGUUGAAUAGCUGCAACUCUUACUUAAUAAUUCCACUUCAUUUUAUUUUGUUCAGUUAUGGAAGUGCAUUUUACAGAAAUUUACUAGCAGUUCACUUGUCUGACUCAUGCAUGCACUCGAGGAUUCAGUGUUGAGUCCGGUUUUCAGAAAAUGCAUUAUGUUGUUGUGUUGUGUCUGUGAGGAAUUUUGUGUUUUUCAGGGAGACGAACAUCUGAAGCUGUACUUAGUACUCGUACAUUCCUAGGAGAUUGAUAUGGAUCUCACGUUCCAGUUGAUAGAACAGAUUACCAAAAGUUUCUCUGACGAUCAAAAAAUUGGCUGUGGUGCAUAUGGGGAAGUUUACAAGGGAGUGCACAAUGGUGAAGAAAUUGCCAUUAAGAAGCUUUACAACAUGCAAGGGAUUGAUGACAAGGAAUUUACAAAUGAGUUCCGUAAUCUUAUGAAGGUCAAGCAUCCGAACAUCGUACGCUUAAUUGGCUACUGCUAUGAAAUACGACAUAGACAUGUUGAGAUGAACGGAGAACUUGUUUUCGCUAAAAUAAUAGACCGACUUCUCUGCUUUGAAUAUAUGGAGGGUGGAAGCCUUGCUAAGUAUAUUUCUGAUGAAUCCUGUGGUCUUGAUUGGCCCACUCGAUACAAAAUCAUUAAGGGAAUUUGUGAGGGUCUAAAUCAUCUUCAUAAUGCGCGGAGUGAUUAUAUUUAUCAUCUGGAUUUGAAACCGGAUAAUAUACUGUUGGAUAAAAACAUGAUGCCCAGGAUUGCAGAUUUCGGCAUGUCAAGACUCUUAGCUUCAUCCAAAACCCAUAUAACUCAAACUCUAAAAGGAACACUAGGGUACAUGCCACCAGAAUUCAUUGACAAGCGCAGAAUCACAAAGAAGUAUGAUGUGUUCAGUGUUGGUGUCAUAAUUUUACAAGUAAUGGCUGGAGCUCAGGGCUACAACAAUUGUUGUGAGAUGUCUUCUCCCCAACAGUUUAUCGAGCUUGUACAUGAGAACUGGAAGAAAAGGCUUCAAGGGAUGCCAAUGCAGGAAAAUACUUACUCAAUUGACAUCCUAGCAGUGCAGAGAUGUAUUGAACUCGCAGUGAGAUGUGUGGAGGCCGAUCCCGUAAAAAGGCCUAGUAUAAUGGACGUCGUCGAUGAGCUGAAUAAACUAGAUGCUGACAUGAAGAAUAUAUCACUUCCAUGCCAGGAAACUUCUGAUUCCAAAGAUCUUGAGCUCGAUCCUGCCCUCGAGCUACGCUUCCCAUUUGAGCUAAACAGGGACAUAUCAUGUUGUAUGCAGCUAAUCAACAAGACAAACGAGUUCGUUGCAUUCAACAUCAGAACCAAUAAAAUGAAGUACAGUGCACGGCCAAAUAACGGGACUAUGGCACCAUAUUCCAAGAUUUAUAUCACAUUUACAUUGCUGGCACAAGACAAGGAUCCACCCUAUAUGCGGUGCCAAGACAUGCUCAUUGUGCAGAGCACUAGGCUCAGCAUGGAAUCCGGUGAUGAGAUCACUGACGAGUUCUUCGAGAAGGCAGUGGCAAGUAGGGUGGUGGAUGAGGUGAAGUUGCCGAUUGUCUAUGUUGUGUAGUUACUGUGCUGGAGCAUGAGUGAAAUCCAUCUAGGGUGACAUGACAAGGGAAACAUAGAGGCUCAUGACUUGCAUAAAGUUCUGCGGAUAUUUGAGAGUAGAUUCUGUCGGUAAGAAAACUAUGUUCAACUUUUGCGUGUGUAACCGUUUAGAAAGACUAAUAUGAACUUAGAUCUGUAUCCACCCUUCACUAGUUAUAUGGACUCAAAGGAUUCAUGCUACUACAUUGCCUUUUUGUAAAGGGGGUGUAUAUUAAUUAAGAACCAUUGUCAUCAUUACAA